AUGAAAAGUCGUAUUGUUACUGCUCGAAAUUAUUUAGGGAUGAAAAUUAUCUUAACAUUUUUUUUCUUAAUCAUUAUUUAUCUAUGUUCUCAAUUAGUCAAAUCAUCGAAAUUAGAACGAAACUCAAUAAAAUUAUCAUAUUUACAAUUACUACGAGAAAAACGAGCAGUAAACGAAAAAAAAUUAGCUCCAUAUAAUUCAAUAGUUGGUAUAGCUUCAUCAAAUGCAGCUGCUUAUUCAAAUGGUAAUGAUAGUUAUAUAUCAUAUGAAGAUAGUUAUUUAUAUGGUAUAUAUAUGGGAAUAAAAUGGCAAUGUGUUGAAUAUGCGCGUCGAUGGACUUUUUUACGUAAAAGUUCGAUAUUUGAAAGUGUUAAUGGUGCUAAUGAUAUAUGGAAUCAGAUAAAAUAUAUUGAAAGAGUUAUUGAUAAAGAAAAAUUUCCAUUAAAAAAAUAUUCAAAUGGUUGUCCAAUUCGUCCAAUAAAUGAAUCAUAUUUAAUUUAUCCAAUACAAAAAGAUAUGCCUUAUGGACAUGUUGCUGUUAUUGUUGAUGUUUUACAAAAUUCAAUACGAAUAGCUGAACAAAAUUUUUAUUUUAAUUAUUGGACAAAAAAUUAUUCUCGUGAAAUUCCAUAUCAAUUUAUAAAUGGUCUUUAUUAUAUUCAAGAUAUAUAUGAUAUAUAUGGAUGGAUGCAAAUUGAUGAUCAACAACAAUUAAAAUCAUUAGAUAAUUUAACAAUAGAAAAAAUUCAAAUGAGAAAUGAAAAAAUCUUAGAUGUAACUUCUUCUUCACAAUUAACUAGUCGUAUUUAUUAUUUUCUUGUAUUUUCUGUUCUCUUCAUAUCUCAAUUCAAGUUUGAUGAAUAUAUAUUUCUCUAA